UGUUUCACCUUUUAUCGAUCCUGCGAAUUCAUCUCGAAAUUGUCCGCAAACCUCUAUAUUAGGGCAGGCACCCUUAACCAUCACCCAUCAUCAUAUCCGAGCCCCCAUAGUUACAUCUUUGAUAGGGAUCGCCCCACCACUUCGAGUUUGAUCGUGGUUACAGGUAUCUCUUUAAACUCAAUAACGAUGGCCUUGCCCAAGAGGAUUGUGAAAGAGACUGAACGCCUCAUGGCGGAACCUGCUGUACCUCAUGAAGACAACCUACGCUACUUCGACGUUAGUAUUCAUGGGCCGGCACAGUCUCCAUAUGAAGGAGGAAUAUUUAGACUCGAGCUCUUUUUACCCGACGACUAUCCGAUGACUCCCCCCAAAAUCCGUUUCUUGACUAAGAUCUACCACCCUAAUAUUGAUCGACUCGGUAGAAUCUGUUUGGACGUUUUGAAAAAUAAUUGGUCUCCUGCUCUUCAGAUCCGCACCAUCCUGCUCUCGAUCCAGGCUCUACUAGGAGCUCCUAACCCCGAUGAUCCACUUGCGAAUGAUGUUGCUCAACGUUGGAAGGAGGAUGAGCCGGCCGCUAUACAGACGGCGAGGGAAUGGACUAGAACCCAUGCUAUGUCCUAAAAUUUUGGAGAUCCGAUUGAUUCGCCAUUGCAUGAGUUAUGGAGCCAUCUUUUUGAAUGUGACCGUGGAGGAAGGCGGUAUUCUGAAUGUCAAGCCCAAGGGUUACGACAGGCGUUCUAGGUAUCUGUAUUUGGGAGAGUUACAGGCAUCCAGUUCUUUAAUUGGACGAUGAGAAAAGCUCUUCCAUUUCCUAUUUAUAAAUAUAAACAGCUCCGCCUCUUCGGUUCGUUUUCCCGUCGUCCGAUGCGUUUCAAUAGACAUGGCUCAUUUCCAGGGGAUCUGCAUAGAAACUGGCGGCCUCGCUCUGGCCAGGUAUACGGGGCUGCUCUGAAGGGCUUUAUAUAUCCCUUCAUCAGUGCGUGACCAGAACUUUUCUUUUCGUUCAAUAGACCCGACAAUCUUCCGAUAAACUCAUUUUGAUACUCAGGGCGGCAACUCGUAGUAUUGGCACUGUCGUGCUUAUAUCUAACAUUAACCUGCAAUAAGAUUACCAGUGGAUUGGUGGUCUUCCCAUCAGAUAAUGAGCCUGGUGAUGCACUUGAAGGCAUUUACUAUUUCCAAGAGAUGCUGAAAGGAAGCAGUAGAAAU